AAAAAAAAUCUUAGAUAUCGCGAGUGUUACGUACUGUCUGGGAUUCGUUGGUGUGCGUUUGCUUUUGAGAAGAAACAAUUCCUGAUGGGUCACGCUUUUGUUUGUUUUUAUUUAUUAUUGUAAUAUGCUUCAUUUCGGUUAAUUGUUCUUCAAUAACAAGUACUGUGCGUAAGUCAAAGUGGGGUAUUGUAGGACUUCGGAUCUUACGGGCCAAGGAGGUUAGUCGCCAUCUACAAAGGAGCAUUGUACAGCUGUCCUGGUGGCAUGGUAAGAAAGCUGCAGUGGAUCAAGGAGAAAAUCUGUGCAUAUUUGAGAAGCUGAAGAAUCUGACAUUCGGAUGACUUCAUUUUUACAGAGCUAUAUAAAGAUGAGAGUUGCAAGAUUUCUCUGAACAAACAAACCCCUAGAAGUGAGAAAAGCAAUGAAUAAUAAAUCUAGAUGUGAAAGCUACAAGAGAGCUAAUGAAAGACAGCACCCGGAGAUGACUGAAAAGAAGAGACAUCUACAUGCACACUGUAGUAAGAGGGACUUGGACAGAGAUUCUGGAUUUUCAGAUGCAAGUUCAGAAUAUCUCAGUACAGUGGAACAUACAGACUCUGAAGAUGUACAGAAGCACCUGCCUCAGAAUGUAGGAUCUUGGUCACAGCAAGCCAAUGUUUCUGUUUUUGGUGGCACAUUCCCAGGACUGUCGCCAGUGAUUGUUAUGAACAAUGUUCUUCUGAAAAAUCCAGAUAAUGCUAUCCCACAGAUUAAACCCUGGGCUUUCCAUCCCUCACUCGAAAUGAUCCCACAACCUCAGGUGGUCUUUUUGCAACCUGUUGUUUCCAAUCCUGGCAACCAGCAAAAGAUACUGAAGCAGAGAAAGCAGAGAUUGGGAAACUAUCGUCCAUUGUUAAAAUCCUAUCCAAAAAUAGCUCCACAUCCAGGAGAUAAAACAUCGAAAAAGGCCACUUCCUUCUCUUCUUCACAGGAGUUGCCAGCUAAAAGCAAAACAGCAGCAUAUAAUUGGGAAAAGGAAGAUAAUGCAAUAACCAUAGAAAGUAGUGCUUCUGUUGACAAGUGUUCUGUUGUCAACAUGCAUGACGUAGGCAUCGAGCAGCCUUCACAUGACUGGCACCAGGCAAAGGAUGAUGUUUUAACUACUGAUGAAUCUAAUGAUGUAAUAGAUAAACCUUCUGAAACCAGUUACUUUCAUGAAAAAAUGUCACCGCAGUCUUCCAGUCUACCAGAAUUCAUAUCCAACUGCCCCUCAAUUAAUCCAUUACCCGUCCGUGAUCCUAAAAACAUUAGGAAUGAAGAAGACAGUACUGACAGUUUAUCACGUAUUAAAGAAAAUAAACGAAAACGUUUCUGCAAUACUUAUAACAUUCUCAGCAAGUCGGGUUUGCUAGGCAUCACUUUACGAACUAAAGAGUUAAUACGACAGAGCCGAAAAACCCAGAACGAGUUGGAGCUUCUGAAAGAGCACACCAGCCUCUUUUUAGAAGUUGUUAAAAGUGGUGACCCAGAAGUACUGACCAAGCUGCAGACAGCCAUGCUCAAGACAACCCACCUUGUAAGUGCAUCUCCAAAUGGAUGUAAUGAACAAAGAGAGGAAGCUCCAUCUUCACAAUAUUUUGCUAUGAACACGUGAUCAUUUUCAAUCACGUCUGUCUAAUAAAAACUUACGUAUUCUAUUAGACCUUAUUAAAGUGGUGCAUUGUUCUGCAAAGCAAUUGCUACAUAAUGCAAAAUGCAUUUUCAGUCCUAUUUAUUGUUGCCAAAUCUCAGUGUUACUAGGUUUCAGAUAUGGUAAUGAUAAUAAUAAAUAGAUUAUCCUGCAGAUGAUUGUAAAGCAGCAGAUGACUUGGAUGCACCUUGUAUGUUGACAACUUUGAAACAAUUCCCAAUGUCCAAUUUUGCUUUCCACAUUUUUUUUAAUGAAUUGAAAUGCACUGUUUCUGACAGCUGUGCCUAAUAACGUAUAUACCCUAUUGAAGUGUGUAACCACUGGGAACCGUUUUGUAAUUGCCUUUCAUCAUUUGACAGUAAAGGACAAAGUUGGAGUCCAUGUGCACAUUCUCAUUUAAAUAUUAGGGUUUUUUCAUGUUUUUUGUUUUUUUGUUUUUUUUUUUUUUUGAGUACAUUGUCAGAAUUCUUUUUUUUUUUUUUAUUCUAAGGAAAUAAUGUAUUUUGUGGAAAUGUAUUUUUAAAAUUGUCUUAUUGGUUGUAAUGUACAGCUGAGAAAAAAAGAUUAUGGUAAUUUAAUUUUGACAUGAUGACAAACAUUUUGAAGAAUGCUAGUAGUAGUCGCUUUUGUAUGAGAGUGAAAUUUUUAUUUUUUUAUUUUUGUGAAUUUAUAUGGUGUACUUUCAAUCACAAAAUGUCCUUAAUGAUUGUUAGUUGUCUGCCCUUGGGUAAUACUUAAGUGCACCUUCAGAAUGAUAGAUUUUUACUAGGAAAUGUGUACAAUUUUCACCUAAGAAUCUGAGGAUAAUUUACUAGCGAAACAGGAGAGUCUCUUGCUUACAUAAUUCAAAGUCACAAGGGGCUAUUGCCUAUCUUGGCAGGAGCAGAUGCAAGAACACCACAGUUGCAUUCACUCUUCUGGGCCGUUUAGCAUUGUCCGUCAGCCUAACACUUACGUCUUUAAGAUGUGGAAGGAAACCCAAUGCAGAUAGUUUGAAAAAGUGCACAUUCCACACAGUCGGUGCCCAGGCUAGAAUUCUAACGAGUCAGCAGUGCUAUCCGGUGUGUCAAAAGGAAUAGGGUGGGUGUUUUUUUUUUAGUUUGAAAUUUGGGGCAAAAAUUAUAAGAACAGUUGUCACCUUGGUGGAUUAUUUAGCAAGGGGCAGUGACACUUUAAUGGCUUGAACUGGGUGGUACAGUGUUCAUGAUGGAGAAAGGGUAUAAAGUACAUAGAUAUGAGAUGGAAAAGAAAAUGAUGUUUACUGCAUUAAUGGGAUUACUAAAAGCAAAGUGGUUUUGUUGUUGUUUUGUUUGUUUAUUUUUUGGUUUGUUUUUUUGCAGUUGUCAGUGACUUACCAAGCCUUGUGGCUACCCUUUAUGAAGCUGUUUGUAUCUGUCUGUUUCUUCAUUGCCCAUACAAUCUGAAAGAAUGAGAUCAUAAAUGAAGGAAUGGGUGCUGCUGGUGCUUUAACUCCAGUCUUAUUUGUUAUCAGUGGCUGUAACCUACUGUAUGUUUCUAAUUUUAAAAUGUUUUGUAAGCUCUGUAAACAGAUCAUGGAAUGGAUACAAGGACUGCAGACUCUCUGAUAUUCUUUGGGAAGGCCUCAUCAGUGGAACCUGUUCAAGCUGUUCCAUUUGUUUGUUGUUUUUUUUUUUUUGUAUUUAAAGUUGCAGAUUAAGAUGUAAAAAGCAGUGGUAGCAUAAUAUAAAAGAUGAGGAAUUCUUUUGCAUGGUAUCUUAAUGUUAACAGCAUAUGGAUAAAUGAAACAGAAAACUUAAGUUGUGCACAGUGUGUAUUUUUCUUAGGAAAUGAACCACCUGCAAACUGCAUUGAUAAAGAACAUUGGGCAAAGAAAUGUACGGUUUGUGUUAUUUAAUGCAACUUUUUAGUACGUUGACACUUUUUAACACAAAAGUACUUGAUAAAUACUUUGUCCCUUUAUGUUCACACACAAAUUCUUAAGCUUUGGUUACUUAGAACUUAAGAGCUGCUGUGUCUCAGCAUUCUUUUUAAUAACAACUACCUUACAUAACUUCACUCAUGUUGGUCAAAAGGAUAAGCGAACAUGCAUGGGAAAACAUUCAAUUAAAAUAUCUGGCAAUAUGGAUUAUUGACUAUAUUUUGGGUUGAUAUUGAUUAUUCAUAUGUAUCCCCUCAGAGAGUGCCAGAUUGCUGAGCACAUGCCCCAUGUUUAACAUCGGGGGAAAUGUCCUUUUUGUCGUAAUAUUUAUUGGUAAUCCUUUAACUUCUCAUCAUGUUGGCUGCAUAAAGGUAUUCAAUUUAGCCUCUUCAAGUGUAAGGUCACUUUACAGGUACGAAAAAAUGUAUGGUCUUAAUGUUCAAAAUGGGACACCUGCAGAAAUGCAUAUACAUAUUAUGUCUGGCAUUAUUCUGACUUGAAGUUAAAAUUUUGAAGUGUUUCAUGCAUGUUUAAAGAAUUUCAUUGUUUGAAAUUGUUUCAUGCAAAAGAUAAUAGGGAACAAGAAUUUCAAUACUGUAUUUUAUUCUUUCAUAAGCCUUACAUUGAUUUUGUUGUUUAUUUUGGAGGAUUAUGUAUUGCUGGUUGUAUAUUCUGAAAACUGACUCACUGAAAUAUUGCCUUGCAGAAGAAAAAUCAAAACCACGUUCGUUUUUGUAUUGUGUUAUGUGUUGUCUAAUUAAGCAAGAACAUUGCACAUAGUCUACUCCUAUCAUUUAAGCUAAUAUCAUGUGCGUAUAUGCUAAAUUGUAUCCGCCUUUGUUGCACCUUCUGCUACCUCAUUAGCUAUACAAUUCUGAGAUUAUAGUGUUGAAGCUAGGAAGACCAGCAAAUUUCUCAAAAUCAUGUUUCUGAAAAUUAAAUUCUAAUGUCAUAUGAUCCAUUGUUCUAAUGGCCGUAAAGGAGUACGACAUCACUUUUCCUCAUUAAAUAACUUGAGGAAUAACCCGUUUUCUUAAGUAGAUGUUUGAUAGUUGUAUGAUCUAAAUACAGAAUAGAAUAGAAUGCCUUUUAUUGUCACUAUACACAUGUACAAUGGGAUUAAAAGCAGCUCCUCCAGUGCAGACAUAUAUGUAGAACACAACAAACAAAUAAACAAAUGGUGCAAAAAGUUGCAAAAAAAAGUUACGCGAUGCUAAAUACAUAUGGAAAGAAUAAAUAACUAUUGCACUAUUGGGUUAUUGCACAUUAUUUAAAUAAUAUAAAAAAUAUUGCACAAUAAUGAUGAUCAUGUUCAGUGAGUAGUGGAUGUUGGAUCCUGAGAGUAAUGAUAUUGUACAGUAUACAGAUAUUGCACAGUUAUUAUCAAUACCAUUUAGAUAUUGCACAGUUGAUGGAUAGAAGGAAGUCCAGGGGUUGGGGGGUUAGACUGUGUAGUCAGUGCAUGUGUGAGUUUAGAAUGGUUAUGGCUUUUGGGGAAAAAACUGUUCUUGAAUCUGUUUGUCCUUGUUGUGAUGCACCUGUAGAGCCUCCCUGAAGGCAACAGGUCGAAGAGAUCAGAGCCAGGGUGGGAGCCGUCCUUGAUGAGGUUUUUUGCUCUGCUAAGGCAGCGGGAGGGGAGAGGGCAGCCGAUGAUCUUCUGUGAUCCAGAUGGUAGGGUUAUCAUGGAUGGCCCUUUAAAACUGAAAUGUCUGACCCCCUCCAGUAAACCGGUAUACACUUUUUUAGUUUCACUUCCGUUUGUAAUGUAUUCAAACCAGAGAUUGUUAUAUGUGGUUUAUGGUUCAUAUCAAUAUUGUAGAGAUGAGAAAGCAGCGAUAUUCAUUGUGAUUUUAUUAGCUGGGAAAAAUGUAUUUUGCUCCCUAUCCUCCUUUUUCAUAAAUACAAAACUGAGAAGCUUUCUUUUUAAAUAAGGAUAUUCUUGAUUAUCUAUCCCAUAUUGUUUUAACAGUCAUGCUUUUGAAAAUGCAUCAUCAGUUUGACAUUUUGCAGUUUUCCUUUAAAAUAAUAAAUGCAACACUAUUAUUGUGACUGAAUACUCGCAUGACCACCUUUGUAUAUACGAAGUGUUAAAUGCAGCCAGUCUGCAGUACGUAAUGAGCCAUUUAAACGUGACUGGCCACCUACAUAACUGUCCAGAUUGUUAAUGUAUUUUGGAUGGAAAAACCAAAGAACUUGUAAGGGACGUUUUUUUCUUUUUUUUUUUUUUUAAUAUGUCCACUUAAUUAAAUUCACAGUUGUUGGAAAUAUUUUGGAUGGAGGCUGGAGCUCACUGUAAUUGGAACUCCAGGCCAGUUACAUCCACACGAGUUUAGAAAGGUUAAUCAGCUUCAGUAACAGUGUUUGGGGAAAAGUGCUGAGGAACCCACACACCCAAAAAAUAUAUUAAUUAAACAUCUCAAAGUACUUCAGCUUUAUUAAAUUAAAUGGGUGCUAUUUGUUGGGUUGUAUUGUUUAACUGCACAUCUUGAAAUUCAUGCACACUCUGUUGUAUCGCCUAUCACGGUGGCACAGGAUGAUGAUGAUCUUCAUAUUGUAGUGUUGUGCCUCCUGCUGUAUUUUAUCUGGUAAAUGCUGGUCUGAUAGGCAGAUUAUAGAAGCAGAACAUUAUAAAGAAUUUUGCAAUUUGUUUUUUUAACAAGCCAUUCUAAGCAGUUUCCAGUUGCCCCAAGAAAAUUGUGUAAAGUAAUUUAGAAAAGAUUUCCUUUUUGGGAAUUCUAAUUGUUACAGAGGAAAAUGUGAAGUAUUUAACUUACAUUGAACAUCACUGUAUAGUACAACUGUAGCAUCUUCACCUCAUUUGUCUACACCAAGCCACUGGCUGUUGGGUUGUGAUGUCAGCGUAAAAGAACAGAAUUGCAGCCUUGAAAGAGUUUUUUAGAAAUUGUAUUUCUUUUGAUUUACUAAUGAAUACGUAAAUCAUAUUUUUAUAUCUACCUUUGUCGUUGUGUAGCAAUCAAUGUCUGUGUCUCAGUGAGGUAACUGGGAUUUUUAUUAUUAUUAUUAAUGCUAUUUUUAUUUUGUUUUUUUAAGCUUCUACAGCACGGUGGCACAGUGUGGGUGUCAUUGCCUCAUUGUAAGGAGACCAGGGUUUGUGUCCCAUGUCCUCCUUGCGUGGAGUUUGCGUGUUGUGCUCCAGUUUCCUCCCACUGCUCAAAGACAUGCAGGUUAGGUGAAAUGGUGACGUGAGUGUCCGCCUUGCUAUGGGCUGGUGUCCUGCCCAGGGUAUGUUCCUGCCUUGUGGCCUGGGCUAGCUGGGAUAGGCACCAACACUUCCCUGUACCCUAGUCUGGUUUAAGUGGCUUAGCAAAUGACAUGACAUUCUACUCAUCGCUUUUCAUUUUGCCCUAAAUUAGCAAUAAGGGUUUAAGUGGUCUUCCAUAAACGGCCUCUUUUCAGAUGUCAGUAAGAGCUAGCAGUCCAUUUUGUGAAUGUGUUUUAAAUUACCGAGUGAUACUGCUUGGUGUGAUUAAAGAAGCACUUCUUUGUACGGGAUAUUCAGUAUGUGUAAAAUUUAAAGUGAAUGUUAUGCACUUUCAUUUGAGUUUGGUACUGGUGUUGUAGAAUAGAUCAACAGCUGGAUGUGUCCCUAAAGCAAUAGGUGUUAAAGAUUUGGGCCUAUUCUGGAUCUGUGCUUUCGAUGGGCUGAUCCUCAAUGUCCGUUGUGGUUCUGUAUAUUUUCUUUGUUGUUUCAAGUUUGUGAAAACUAAAGUAGAACUUGUUACUGAAUGUUAUGAUGUUCAUAUUUCAAAGGAUUAUAUUAUCCCAAAUGCAUUUUACAGUAAAUAACAUUUUUCUCUCUAAAAGCUCAUACUGUUAUUAUUUCAUGGAAUUUUAAAAACAUCAGAAAAGCUAAUAAAACAAAAUGUUAUAAAUAUACCUUAAUUUUAAGUUGUUUUAAAAAUGGUUGUACACAAGAUUUUUUUUUUUUUUUUUUUAAACAGAGUUGGAGACCAAGGACAGAAAUGAGUAUUGUUUGUGUAUUUUUUUUUUUUUAACUUUAUGAAACCAUUUUGAAGUUAUUUCUUCUGGAUUUUAAAUCUAUGCAACUGUUACAGGAUUGGUUUAUGCUAAAAGUUUUCCAUUACUGCAUUUUCUAAAUCUCCUUUAAGAUCUUGUAUUUAUUUGUCAAGUGCCCUCUUUUUAUUAGUUGUGUUUUCACAGACAUUUUAACUUAAUAAAGCUGUUGCUUUCUUA